AAAAGUUAGUAUGCAAGACUUAGUACAUAACUCAAAAUUACAAUAAUUUUAUUUUUCAGAUAUCCCGCUAAUGUUGCAUAGAAAAAAUAUUUAAAAUCGAAGUCCAAACUGCAUUCAUUCAUACGCAACAAACGCCCUGAGAGAGUGGGAGAGACAGUGAGCACCCAAGAGCGGAGAGACCUGUAUGUGAGAGUGUGAUAGAGAGCAGGUCUCUUCCCCCAUCCCCAAUAACGACACUGCAGUUGGGGGCUGAAGAGCGAGAUAGCCAAGCAACCGGCUGUCAGACUCGCAAGAGAGAGUGAGAGGGAGAAGGAAGCCUGGAAGCUAAACAACCCAGAGCAGGCAAACACACGCCGAUAAAAUGCUUGUUUCAUUCGAAAUUCGCCAGCCGGUAGUAGUGGAGCCACAAACAGCGAAAGCAGCAGCUGCGGGGGAAGUGGCGCGGGCACGGAAUUAGAAUAUUAACGUCGACGACCAGUUAUCGCACAAUUAGUACGCGGGCGAGAAUUGAUACCGCGAUACGGUGGACAAGAACAAGUCUGGCAAACACCCGAAAUUUCCCCAUAGCCAAGUGCCGUCUCAAGUAGAAGAAAUAGAGCUUAAAUAUGUAUACGAAAAUCUUCCGAACUGUGAUAAUCGGAGCCCCCGGCUCAGGAAAGGGAACUAUUUCGGAGCUGAUUGUCAAGACCUUUGGCUUCCUGCACAUCUCUACGGGCGACAUCCUGCGCCAGAACAUCCUUAAAAACACGGAUCUGGGCAAACGCGCUCAGCAGUACAUUGCCGCUGGCCAGCUGGUACCAGAUGAUAUCGUGACUAAAACGAUGCUGGGACGAAUCACAGAGGUGGGCAACAAGUCAUACAUCCUGGAUGGAUUCCCGCGCAACACCGCCCAGGCUGAGGCUCUGGCUGCUCGCGAGCAGAUCGAUGCCGUGAUCACGCUAAACGUGCCGCACGAUGUGAUCAUCGACCGGGUGAAGGACCGCUGGAUUCACGCUCCCUCAGGAAGGGUAUACAACAUAGGCUUCCACGACCCCAAGGUGCCAGGAAAGGACGAUGUUACGGGCGAGCCACUGACCCAACGAGAAGAUGACAAAGCAGAAGUGGUAGCUAAGCGUCUUCAGCUCUACGAUGAACUGAUGAGCCCAGUGCUAGCCUGGUACGAGCAGCACGGUCUCGUCACCACCUUUUCGGGGCGCAAGACCAAGGAGAUCUGGCCUCGUGUGGAGCGCUUCCUCAGGGACAAAGUUAACAAGUAAAUGGUAGUGACUGCCUGGAAUUUCACCCUUUGUGCACAAAAUAAUGAUCAAUUGCUGUGUUCAAUUAAGUGCAAAACAUAUUUAGAUAUACUAACUUGUACGUAUGUAAUAUGUAUGUUGGGCGGUUGGGAGGUCGAGGAGAGGGUGCGUAUAAUUAAUGUAAUUGCGAAGCCAUAAGACGGCACAGCUGUCGUCAUGUAUUCCUUGUUUUCACAAAGCAUUCCCCUCAUCGAAUAACUGUUCUGCGCUCCCCUUUUUGUAUAAACACAUUUUUGUACUCGUAGUCUGUGCUCUGAUAAUAAAUCGCGUUUAUUGUGCGCUGAUAACGUAA